AUGAGGGCUGUGCUGGUGGCCCUCCUGGCUUUGGUCUUGGGGCCCGGGGCCCAGGCAGCUUGGCUGGGGAGGCUGGACCCUAAGCAGCUCCUGGGGUCCUGGUACAUUGUCGCCGUGGCCUCUGGGGAGAGGGGCUUCGCGGUGGAGAAGGCCACCAAGAACAUCGAGGGGGUCGUGGUGACGCUCACUCCUGAAAACCACCUGAAGGUGCUGUCGUCUCGGCACAGGCUGGAGCGGUGCCACCUGGGUGUAGUGGAGCUGUUGCGGCAGAACUCUGCCUGGGUGUUCCAGAACCCCGCGCUGGGCGUGCUGCAGUACCGGGUGCUGGGCACCAACUUUCGGGACUUCGCCGUGGUGUUCUCGCAGCUGGAGCAGCAGGACGAGGCCUUCAGCACCGUGGAGCUGUACAGCCGGACGCAGCGGGCCAGCCCGGAGGCCAUGAGCCGCUUCACCAGGUGGAGCCAGGGCCUGGGCUUCCUGGCCCAGCAGCAGGCACAGCUGCAGGCGGAUGUGAGUACUGUGGCCCCGGGGGGACCGCGCCCACCAUGACCUGGUGGGCCUCGCCCCGCGCUCCCUUCUGCGCCUGGCUGCCCA